AUGUCGUUUGUUAAAGAGGAGAAUGAAGACAUGAGGAUUGAAGAAUCAUUCAGAGUCAAACAUGAAGAUACUGAGACACAAAACAGUUGCUCACACACUGAAAAUACUUUGUCACAAAAAAGAGCUCAAAAGACUGCAACUAGAAGUCAUUUCACCUGCCAACAGUGUGAAAAGUGUUAUACUGCAAAAGGAAUACUUAAAGUCCACAUGAGACUUCACACAGGAGAGAAGCCUUACACCUGCAAACAGUGUGGAAAGAGUUUCAGUCAAAAAGGACACCUUAUUAACCACAUGAUAAUUCACACCGGAGAAAACCCAUUCACCUGCCAACAGUGUGGAAAAAAUUUCAAUCGUAAAGGAAACCUGGAAAUGCACAUGAUAAUUCAUACUGGAGAAAACCCAUUCACCUGCCAACAGUGUGGAAAAAGUUUCAAACAUAAAGGAAACCUGGAAAUGCACAUGAGAAUUCACACUGGAGAGAAGCCUCACACAUGCCAACAAUGUGGAAAGAGUUUUGUUGAAAAGGGAAGUCUUAAAGUACACAUGAGAGUUCACACUGGAGAGAAGCCGUUUGUAUGUGGUCAGUGUGGAGAGAGCUUCAGAUAUAGAGGAGCCUUUAAUCAGCACAUGAGGACUCACUGAAGAGUGGAAGACCUUAAGAAUUAGGGAUGCACCGAUACCGAUACUGAGCUCUUGUACUCGUACUCGUUAAAAUGCCCCGAUACCAAACGCCGAUACCACACAGCACGUGAUAAGUGCCAUAUUCAGACAAAGAAACACCGACAACAGAACAACAGACAGCAGAAUGAAGUAAUUAUAGAUUAAGGUUGUCUACGUAGGAUAUUUAUACAAUGAAUAUAAUGUUAAACAUUCAGUAUUAAUACCUG